CACUCAACUAGAGUAUCAGUUUUCAUUCACACAGUAUAACAUAUUCCACCGGCCGCCGGCCGCCGGCCAGCGGCAGCUCGUAUUUGAGCGGCCAACUCCAAAGCAAAGAGAUCAUAGAAGAGCUGAUGAGGAGGCGCGCGCUCUCUCUACUCCUCCUUUUCGCGGCCACCUACCUCCCCAUAUCGAUCGCCACCGACACCAUCGACCUGACCACGUCCAUCGCCGGCAACCAGACGCUGCUCUCCGCCCGUGGAGCAUUCAGGUUAGGCUUCUUCAGCCCGCCCGGCAGCUCCGGCGGCAGGACCUACAUCGGCAUUUGGUACGCACGCAUCCCGGUACAGACCGUCGUGUGGGUCGCCAACCGCCGGGACCCGGUGGUCGAAUCCCCGGGCGUCCUCAAGCUCUCUCCCGACGGCCGCCUUGUCGUCGUCGACGGCCAGAACACCACCGUUUGGUCCUCCGCGGCGCCCACCGGAAACGUGACCACCAAGGCCACCGCUCGGCUUCUCGACAGCGGCAACUUGGUCGUGAGCUCCGAUGGAAGUGGACCGAGCCAGAGCGUGACAUGGCAGAGCUUCGACUACCCGACGGACACGCAGCUCCCCGGCAUGAAGAUCGGGGUGGAUCACAGGAGUGGCUUCGCCUGGAACAUCACGUCGUGGAGCAGCCCCGCCGACCCCUCCCCGGGGGAGUACACGGUCAAGCUACUCACCGGCGGACUGCCUGAGUUCUUCCUCUUCCGCGGCCCGGUGAAGAUCUUCACGACCGGGCCGUGGAACGGCGUGGUGCUCACCGGCGUGCCGGAGCUCAAGACCGAGGAGUACACAUUCGCGCUCGUGUCAAACCCCAACGAGACGUACGGCACCUACUACAUCAGCUCCUCGUCUCUGCUGACGCGGCUCGUCGUGGAAGGCUCGACGGGGCUGAUGCAGCGGUACGUGUGGGCCGACGGCGCGUGGAACAAUUUCUGGUACCACCCGACCGACCCGUGCGACAGCUACGCCAGGUGCGGGCCUUUCGGUUUCGCCUACUGCGACACCGCGCAUUCGCCGGAGUGUAGCUGCUUGCCGGGGUUCCAGCCGCGGUCACGGAAGUGGAGCUUCAGGGACGGCUCCGGCGGCUGCGUCAGGAAGACCAAGCUGAGCUGCGGGGACGGCGACGGGUUCUGGCCGGUGAACAACAUGAAGCUGCCGGAGGCGACUAACGCGACGGUGCACGCCGACAUGACGCUGGACGAGUGCAGACAGCUGUGCCUGGCCAACUGCAGCUGCAGAGCCUACUCCGCCGCGAACAUCAGCGGGGGCGUCAACCGCGGGUGCGUCAUUUGGGCCACCGAUCUGCUUAACAUGCGGCACUAUCCGGCGGUCGUGCAGGACCUGUACAUCCGGCUCGCGCAGUCAGAUGUAGAUGCCUUGAUUGCAGUUUCAGGUAAGCGCCGACGCCCCAUGGUGAUCGCCGUCGCCGCGACUAUUUCCGGCGUGCUUCUUCUGGCAGCCGCUGGCUGCUUAUGUUUCUGGAGAUACAAGGCGAGGAGGAAGCGGCGGCGUCAGGCGCCUGAAACGGCGCCAGGCAGUGGAGGCAACGUGCUUCCAUUCAGGGCCAGAAAACACACUGCUGAUUUGAGCCCAGCUCGGGACGACGAGAACAAGAUGAGCUGCGGCGAAGACGAUCUGGACCUUCCGUUGUUCGAUCUCGCCGUGAUCCUCGCCGCCACGGACAACUUCGCAGCGGAGAGCAAGCUGGGAGAAGGUGGAUUUGGCCCUGUCUAUUUGGGAAGGCUUGAGGAUGGGCAAGAAGUAGCUGUGAAGAGGUUGUCCAAGAAAUCAUCACAAGGCGUCGAGGAAUUCAAGAACGAGGUGAGGCUAAUCGCCAAGCUCCAGCACAGGAACCUGGUGAGGCUGCUCGGCUGCUGCAUCGACGACGACGAGAGGCUGCUCGUGUACGAGUUCAUGCGCAACAACAGCCUGGAUACCUUCAUAUUUGAUGAUGCAAAGCGUAAGUUGCUAGGAUGGAGCAAACGCUUUGAGAUCAUUCUGGGGAUCGCACGGGGUCUGCUCUAUCUCCACGAGGAUUCGAGGGUCAGGAUCAUCCACAGGGAUAUGAAAGCGAGCAACGUGCUGCUGGACAGGAACAUGGUCCCCAAGAUAUCCGACUUCGGCAUCGCGAGAAUGUUCGGAGGCGACCAGACAACGGCGUACACCCUGAAGGUCAUCGGGACAUACGGUUACAUGUCCCCGGAAUACGCCAUGGACGGCGUGUUCUCCAUCAAAUCCGACAUCUACAGCUUCGGCGUCAUGGUGCUGGAGAUCGUCACCGGCAAGAAAAUCCGAGGCUUUUAUGACGCCGAGCUCGAUCUAAACCUCUGCGGUUAUGCGUGGAUGUUGUGGAAGGAAGGCAGGAGCACGGAGCUCCUGGACGGUGCGAUGGGCAGCAGCUGCGAUGACAUCCAGGUGCGGAGGUGCAUACAGGUUGCCCUCAUGUGCGUCGACGUGCAGCCUAGGAACAGGCCGAUGAUGUCCUCGGUUGUCAUGAUGCUGGCCGGCGAGAACGCCAAGUUGCCAGAGCCAAAUGAGCCCGGCGUGAACCUGGGGAGGAACAGGACAGAUACAGGGUUUUCUGAAACUCAAAGUGAGUUCACUGUGACUACGACAGAUACAGCUUACAGCAAAAGUUAGUGGAAAUCUAUGAUACGUACUCACUAUGGUAGUUUAGCUUGGGAUGGAAUACUAUCCACAGGUUACAACAAAAGCUUUUUUUGUCUCACAAUUGCUACGCUCCCUGGUGAAGUUUAACCGUGACACGCCUAGGGGGAAGAAAUGUAGUGCGUUCUAAUUUAUUUGCUUUUAUCCUAUGUUUGAGGAGGAGAAGA